AAUCUCUAUUCUUUUUUGCGGGUGGAAGAAGGCAUGACGCAUUAAACACGUGAUUACAGUUGAAUUUUUGUUUUUUGUUUUUUUAGUUGGGGACAUUAGAGUUGAAAUUUUAAUCUUACAUAACUCGCAGUCACAGUUCGUUGCCUAUAUUAGUACUUAUAAAAAUUUAUAAUUAUAAUUGUUGGUGAAUUAUCAGCACUCACUCCACUGACAACUAUGGCCGCCGCAGCAGCUAGCGUGCAAGAAGUUCUUCCGCCCCUCUUCAAUUCAACUUCUCUUCAUCCACCACCACUCUUCGAUGGAACCACUAGGUUAUACGUGUUUUACGAGUGCCCCUUUUGCCAGCGUGUGUUGAUUGUGAGGAACUACAAGGGUUUGCAAGAUCAGAUCAAGCUUGUUGGUAUCGAUCUUGCAGAUAAACCUGCUUGGUAUAAGGAAAAAGUAUAUCCAGAAAACAAGUUGCCAUCAUUGGAGCACGAUGGCAAAAUCAUUGGAGAAAGCAUGGAUUUGAUCAGAUACUUGGACACUAACUUCGACGGACCACCUCUGUUACCAGAUGAUCACGAGAAGCUCAAGUUUGCAGACGAGAUGAUUGCUUACUUGGACACGUUCCUAAAGAACGUGUUCACAUCAUUCAAACAAGAUCCUGUGAAAGAAGCUGGUGCUGAAUUUGACUACUUGGAAGCAUCACUUGCAAAAUUUGAGGAUGGGCCAUUCUUUCUGAGCCAAUUUAGCCAAGUGGAUGCUGCUUAUGUUCCAUUUAUCGAAAGGUUUCAGAUCUAUCUAAAGGAAGUGUUCAAGUAUGAUAUAACACCAGGCAGGCCGAGGGUAGCUGCAUAUAUAGAGGAACUGAACAAGAUUGAUGCAUACAAGCCAACCAAGUGUGAUCCUAACUGGCUCAUCCAGUUCUACAACAAACGAUUCAUGAAAUCGAGUUAAAUCCGGUGCUGAUAUCCUGCAACAAGUCGACGUUUUCUACGUUUGGUUUACUAAUCCGGUGUUCACUGGUUUACUAAUAGACCUCAUAUAAGGCAAUAUUCCAUCGUGUAUUCGUGUUUGUUAUAAGUCUAUUGUGUAUUCGUGUUUGUUAUAACUUAUAAGUUAUUGUAAAUUGAUGAACACUACUACAUACAGUGACCAAUAAUGUUGUGUGUAUCCUCUUAUUUUCUUCA